AUGGGGGGCACACCAAGGUCGUCCACCAAAUCUUCCUCUUGUUUUUACUUGCUGUGUGCUCUGUGGCUUUUAUCAACCAUGAUUGCCAUUGCACAUGCAUGCCCACAAAGAUGCCAUUGCUCUGAAAGGAAUGGCGCCGUGGUGCAGUGCACUUCACGCAACUUGGAGAACAUCCCCACCAAUCUACCCAAGGACACAGUGGUGCUUCUGCUCUCAUCCAACCAAAUCACACACAUCCCUAAGGCGGCCUUCAUGAACCUCCACCGACUCAGGGAGCUUGACCUUUCCCACAACCUCAUAGAAAGCUUGGAGGUGGGUGCCUUCCAAGGAGUUUCUGAGGGCUUGAGGACCUUGGACCUUUCAAACAACCACCUCAGCAGCCUGCCUAAGGAAACCUUCACUAAAAUGCAAGCUCGCAUUCGCUUGUCCAACAAUCCAUGGAACUGCGAGUGCUCAUUGCAGGAAGUGCUGAGAGAGCUGAGACUAGACCCUGAGACCAUCAACGAGGUGAGCUGCCAUACGUCGGUGCCGGAAAAAUACACAGGACAACCGGUCAUUCAUGUCCUGGACUCGGGAAUCAACUUUUGCAACUUUCACCAGAAGACGACUGACGUAGCCAUGUUUGUGGCCAUGUUCUGCUGGUUCUCCAUGGUGACCGCGUAUAUCAUAUACUACAUCCGGCACAACCAAGAGGAGGCGAGGAGGCACAUGGAGUACCUCAAGUCCUUGCCAAGCAGUUCCCAUAUCAGCAAGGACUACGAUACAGCCAGCAGUGUGUUUUAG